AUGAAGGCGGCCGAAUCAGUUCAGGACUGGACGGAAACUGGGACACCUCAAGUGCAUGUGUCAGCUGACAAACAAUAUCUGAAGAUUUCCAUCAAAGAUUAUGAUGAAACAGUGGCAGAGGAAGUGUUGUUGGAACCCAGACCAUCCACUCAAAUGACAUUGGCAGCAGCACAUGUAGACCUUUUAAACCAGGUUCCCUCACAAGUGUGGUCAAAACACAAGACAGAUGUAGGGCUUAUCAAAUCAGCUCAGCCUAUACGCAUAAAAUUAAAACCGAGAGUACAAUUACCAUACAAAAAACAGUACCCACUUAAACAACAGGCCAUAGAGGGCAUCCGACCCAUCAUCACAGGCCUAAUGGAGGCCGGAGUUUUGAUCAAAACCAGAAGUCCCUGUAAUACUCCAAUUUGCCCAAUUCCAAAACCACAUUCACCUGACUAUCGCUUGGUGCAUGAUCUCAGACCCAUAAAUGCAAUUGUUAUGGAAGAGACCCCAAUUGUUCCUGACCCGCACACACUGUUGUCUAACAUCCCACCAGACACCAAGUGGUACACUGUGAUUGAUUUAUGCUCUGCAUAUUUUAGUGUACCCCUCCAUCCAGACUCACAGUACUUGUUUGCUUUCACAUACGAGGGGCAGCAAUACACAUACACCAGACUUCCACAAGGGUUUCUCCACAGUCCAGCAAUGUUCAAUAAAGUGCUGGCUGAAGACAUGCAGCAUCUGAAUGUGCCCAGUACGAUCAUCCAGUACAUGGAUGAUCUGUUGAUUUGUAGUCCUACUAAAGACCAAUGUGAGAAAGAUUCUGUGGCAGUACUAACAGUCUUGGCAAAGGGGGGUCACAAAGUCAGCAGAGACAAACUCCAAUUUUGUCAACCACAGGUAGAAUAUCUAGGAAGAUUGUUGCAUGGAAACAAGAGACUGAUUGCACCAUCGCAGGUUAAAGCAGUAACAACAGCUCCAAAACCUAACACUGUUAGUCAAAUGUUGACCUUUUUGGGGAUGGCAGGGUACAGCAGACCAUGGAUUUGUGACUAUGCACUAAAAACUGCUCCUUUGCGAGCUUUGAUUAAAGUUGCAGGACAAAUGAAUGGAGCAGCCAAAUUGAGUUGGACAGAAGAUGCGGAAGCUGCCUUUGAAGCUCUCAAAAGUGACAUGCAGUCAGCCCCAGCGUUGGGGAAUCCAAAUUAUGGUAAGCCUUUUCAUCUUUAUGUGGCAGAGAAAUCAGGAUAUGCUACAGCAGUCCUGAUGCAAGACACGCCCACAGGUAAGCAAGCUUUGGCUUACUACAGCACUAAAUUGGAUAACAUUGAGGCAGGGCUGCCACCCUGCUAUCAGGGAUUGGCAGCAGCUGCAUUUGCCUUUCAACGAGCCUCAUCUUUGACCAUGGGGCAUUCAGUGAUUCUUUACACAUCUCACCAAUUACAUGCAUUGCUCACAAGUCCACGUUUUGUUUUGACCCAAGCACGACGCACAGGCUAUGAAGUUAUCCUAGCAGCACCUGAAUUGACUAUCAACAGGUGCAAUUCCAUCAAUCCAGCCACAAAGAUGGUGUUACCUGAUGAUGGCACUCCUCAUGAUUGUGUGAGAGCUACAGAUGAAUUCUUAAAAGCACGUGAUGACCUGUACAGUGAACCAAUAACUGCAGAUUUGACUUUGUUUGUAGAUGGUUCUUGUUUCAGAGAUGCCACAGGUAUGCAUGCAGGAUAUGGCAUUGUGCAGCUGAAUCCUGAUGGCUCAUUCACCACUGUUCAGACAUUCUAUGUGACCCAGCCCUGUUCAGCCCAAGUAGCAGAGUUGAAAGCUUUAACAGCAGCAUGUCAGUUGGCAGCAGGUAAGAGACUGAAUGUUUACACUGACUCAGACUAUGCAUUUGGUGUGUGCCAUUUCUUUGGUAACAUAUGGAAACAGAGAGGGUUCCGCAGGUCAGAUGGUACCCAAAUCAAGCAUGGUGAAGUUAUAUCUAAGCUGCUGAGAGCUCUUCAGUUGCCCUCAGCAGUGGCUGUCCUGAGGUGUCGUGCUCAUCAAAAAGACACUUCUCUCGUCACACAAGGUAACAAUCUGGCAGAUGAAGCAGCAAAAAAGGCGGCAAUGCAACAGCCCCAUCAAGGUCCCUAUGAGGGCCCAGUGCUUGAGCAACUGGAAGGCGAGCUGCAAAGCUACCUCCAACAUCUGACCCAUAUCCAUAAAGUAAUAUUUUCACAGGUGAAAGGAGCCACAGAGGAACGGGACGCAGAAAUCCCAGGGGAAAAGCAAACAAUCAAGCCAGGCGACCUUGUGUACAUCCGUGUCUUCAAGAGAAAAAGUCUAGAACCCAGGCGGGAAGGACCAUACAAGGUUGUCUUAGCUACCCCCACUGCGCUCAAAGUUGAAGGUAAAACUUUUUGGUACCAUCUUAAUCAUUGCUGUAAAGCAGAAGAUCCAGAAAAAACCUUGGCAGCAUAUAGGCGAGCUCCAGCUAACCAGCAGAAAGGGGAUGACGAUGCCACCCCACCAGAACCAGAACAGACUCAAUCUGGGGACGACGAGGUCGCCCCGCAGGAAAUGGAACAAGACACCGAAGGGGACGGAGACUCCUCCCCGCAGGGACUUAGGAGGUCACCACGGUUGGCAGCACUGCAGGGUCGUGAAGGGACGGCAGGCAGCAGUCCCGCCAGUAACACCCCAACCCCACCCAGAGCCUCCAUUAGUGGUAGUCAUGAGGAUUCUCCUGGUAAUGGCGUUGCCAAAAUAUCCACAGAAGAAGACCACCCAGUUAGAGCAGCAGGAAGAGAGGAAGGGCAGGAAGGAGAAGAGUAG